UAAAAUAAGCUUUGUAUAAUGGUGCUUGUAAUAGUUUGGAUAGAAAUGUAAUUACUAUUGCCAUCAUUUGUACAGUGGCUCCGCCACAGAGUACCUCUCUGUAAGCUAUGAACGGUUAUAUUUUAUUAUAAUAUCUUUUGCCAACAAAAAAAAAAAAAAACCAUAAAUUUUGUGUGCAGCCAAGAGCCCAAGACGUGAGCAAUUAUUCUCGACUACUUAAAAAAAAACGGUACUACUACGCCCCCCAAAUAAAAUAAAAAUAAAAAUGAGUAAUUGACCAGCUUCCGCAGCUGAACUCCUCAGUCCUUCACUUCCAAUUCCGUCAACUGAACCAAAAGCGCACAUUUCACUCAAAGCCCCAAACCCUAUCCGAUUAUGUCUCCGACCACCGUCAUCGCCGCCGUCCUCCUCCUCUCCUUCUUCAUCAGCACCACUAUCUCCGCCCCAAUACCGGGUCUAGACUCCUUCCUUAACCAACAAUACCGGGUUGACCCUACUGCCACUAACGAUUCCUUCAUCUCUCUUCCUUCUUCUCUCAAAAAACACCUCUCUUCCCCCUCCACCCACCACCCACCAACCCCCUCUUCUCUCCUCUCCCUCCAAAUCUCCGUCCCCAUCACUGUCAAACUCGUCGGCAAUAACUUCUCCUCCUCCGCGAAAUCUCAACUCUCUUCAUUUCUCUCUUCUGCUAUUUCUUCCGAUCAGUACCACGUCAUCACCCCUUCCUCUUAUCAGCCUUCUCAUCAUCUCUCCAUAUCCCAUUCACUUCAUCUUGAUGUUUCGAUUUCUCCUUCUUCUCUUUCUUCGCGUUUAUCGGAAACGCUCAAUACCCAUUUAGCUACUGUCCCUUCCUCUUUCAGAUCCAUUCUUGCUUCUGUUCCGCAUGGCAUAAUUGAUGAAAUAAUUAAACAAGAUUUCGAAAAAGAGAAACCCAUUAACGGGAUUUACAUAUAUAUUCUCAAUUUCGGUUCUCAAUCGAAGCCCUAUGCGUAUACGUAUACGCCUGGCGAUCCAUCGCCUGCUUUUACUAAGUGUUUGGGAACGGUGUGGACUGGAAAAGAGCGGUAUUUGUGGAUUGAUUUGGGGGCGGGGCCGGUUGAUUAUGGUCCGGGGUUGUCUGGUGAUGGCGUGCUUCCACGUGGCGAGUUUCAUCCAUUUGCUACAUUGCACGGUCGACCUAAGUCCCAAAAGGCGUUGCUUUCGGAUUUGGCUUCACUGGUUUGGAGUGCUUAUCAGGUUCUUCUUGUGCCCUCUUUGCGAAUUCCUGUUCCGUUUGAGGAUUCCUUGAUAGUUGAGUUUAUACAUAUAUAUGGAUCUUCGGAUAAUAAGGAUAAUAUUGGGUUAGAUUGGAAGUUGAUAGAGAAGAAUUUUAGGGAUGAAGUAAGUGAGAAUGGGUUGUUGUUUGGAGAUCAAUCUUUGAGAUUUAAGAAGUAUGAGGUGAAUUUAGCGGAGUGUGCUAUUUGUUCAUUUGCCAUUUCGAGGGCAGCUACCUCGUAUACUUCUAGGUACUUGUUUGAUAAUUAUACUCUGAUUGUCAGUGAAUACCUGGACUCUAAGCGUUUACACCAGACAUUGUCUGAAUCGGCUGCUGAGUUUAGGCGGAUUGCCAAGCUUCCUGAGGAGGAUUUUGGUGGAAGGAUACUUCCGGUUUAUGUUUUUGAUUUGGAUGUCGGUUCGACUCUGUUGCUUGAUCGCUAUCAUCAGUCUGUGGCCUUCAAGGAUAUGGUUAUAGCAGUCAGGACGAAGAGUACACAGACUGUGAGUGACUAUAGUUGUAAUGGGCGUCAUGUCUUUACCCAAACUCGUGAAUUAGAGAGGCCAAUUGUAGGUUCCAUCUUACAGAGCAUGUGGGGAGUCUCACCAACACAUCUAAUCUGGAGCUCAAAACAUAACAGUACGCUAGUAGACUAUACAUGGAGUGUUGGGCAAACACCAUUUGGCCCGUUUUCGGAGGUUUCUUCGUUGUCAUUUGUGCAGAGGGAUGCUGCAAGGAGAAAUGUAUUGUUGACAUCGUUGAACUACAGCAUUAGUAGUGCUCUUGAGGUUUUUGAAUCCAUUUCUUCGCAUGGCGGGGAGAGAAAGCUUCUCAAGCGUAAUCAGCUUCCUGAGUUCAUGCAAAGGUGGAACUUGUUCAAGUACAAGCUAGACAAGGCAGUUUCAGCUCUCUCACACUUUGACUAUGAAAUGGCUUUGUAUUACCUGAGGGCGUCGGAUCAUGACAUAUAUGCCAUUCAUUCUCUUGUUUAUUAUGCUUCUCAAGAGCUGGAAGCAUCGCUAGUCUGCUUCAAGGACCCACCAUUUCCCUGGUUAUCUGUUUCUAUGUAUACUGGAGUUAUAAUUUCCCUUUUGUAUGUAUGGGCAAAGAGAGAUAAGUUCUUUUCCAACAAGCGAAAACAAUUUUGAUAUUUUCUGGAGCACUGUUUUGUAAGUUCUGAGUUGAUACAACGCCUGUAUCUAUGAGUAGCAUGCUGGCUGAAAGCUCUGACAUUAGAAUUCAUUUUAUUAAGAAAAGGUACUGCAGUUUCAACUUUCAACUAGCGCAGAACAUCUUGAUCGUACUUGCCCAUUGGAUCAUAUUUGAGCAUUUUGGUCUAAUUUCCUAUGGAUGUUCCUUGAAGACUUAUAAAUUAUUAAACACAUCAACUAACUUAUUUGCCAACUUCCUCCCAUGUGUAAUUUAUUUUUGGAGAAGGAAGAGUUUUCAUUUCGA